CUGCUGAACUCCCAAAGGGAGUGUGUGUAUUUCCUCCCGUUCUUUAUCAGAGCCCCCAAAAUAAGUAGGAAUGGGCAGUGGCUAUUCACAUUCACUACACCUUUUCCAUUUGCUAAUAAGGCCCUGCCAGGCUGGGAGGGAAUUGUCCCUGCCUGCUUCUGGAGAGAGAAGAUAUUGACACCAUCUACGGGCACCAUGGAACUGCUUCAAGUGACCAUUCUUUUUCUUCUGCCCAGUAUUUGCAGCAGUAACAGCACAGGUGUUUUAGAGGCAGCUAAUAAUUCACUUGUUGUUACUACAAUAAAAACAUCUAUAACAACACCAAACACAGAAUCAUUACAGAAAAAUGUUAUCACGCCAACAACUGGAACAACUCCUAAAGGAAAAAUCACCAACGAAUUACUUAAAAUGUCUCUGAUGUCAGCAGUUACUUUAACAAGUAAAGAUGAAGGAUUGAAAGUCACAACCACUGAUGUCAGGAAGAAUGAGUCCAUUGUUUCAAACGUAACAGUAACAAUUGUUACACUUCCAAAUGCUGUUUCAACAUUACAAAGUUCCAAACCCAAGACUGAGACUCAGAGUUCAAUUAAAACAACAGAAAUACCAGGUAGCAUUCUACAACCAGAUGCAUCACCUUCUGAAACUGGUACAUUAUCCUCAAUACCAGUUACAAUUCCAGAAAACACCUCACAGUCUCAAGUAAUAGGCACUGAGGGUGGAAAAAAUGCAAGCACUUCAGCAACCAGCCGGUCUUAUUCCAGUAUUAUUUUGCCGGUGGUUAUUGCUUUGAUUGUAAUAACACUUUCAGUAUUUGUUCUGGUGGGUUUGUACCGAAUGUGCUGGAAGGCAGAUCCGGGCACACCAGAAAAUGGAAAUGAUCAACCUCAGUCUGAUAAAGAGAGCGUGAAGCUUCUUACCGUUAAGACAAUUUCUCAUGAGUCUGGUGAGCACUCUGCACAAGGAAAAACCAAGAACUGACAGCUUGAGGAAUUCUCUCCACACCUAGGCAAUAAUUAUGCUUAAUCUUCAGCUUCUAUGCACCAAGGGUGGAAAAGGAGAAAGUCCUGCAGAAUCAAUCCCAACUUUCAUACCUGCUGCUGGCCUGUACCAGUCAUCUGUCCCAGUAAAGUGAUGUCCAGCUGACAUGCAAUAAUUUGAUGGAAUCAGAAAGAACCCCAGGGCUCUCCUGUCCUCUCACAUUUAAAAAUUCCAUUACUCCAUUUAUAGGAGCGUUCCUAGGAAAAGGAAUUUUAGGAGGGGAAUUUGUGAGCAGUGAAUCUGACAGCCCAAGAGGUGGGCUCCCUGAUAGGCACGCCUUUCCUUAAUGUUUAAAGUUUUCCGGGCCAAGAAUUUUUAUCCAUGAAGACUUUCCUACUUUUCUCGGUGUUCUUAUAUUACCUACUGUUAGUAUUUAUUGUUUACCACUAUGUUAAUGCAGGGAAAAUUUGCAUGUGUAUUAUUAAAUAUUAGGUAGAAAUCA